GUUCUCAAAACAGACUGAUUGCGCGGGAAAACGAACGCUCCAGAGAAUCAAUAAUUUGAAGUGGAUCGCGAAUUCAAUACAUUUUCCAUUUGACACAUGUGGUUUGGUGAAUUAAUUGUGGUAUUGGACAUCUGCUCUUCUUUCAAAAAAUAUGUGAGGAAAGCAAAAAGUGAGUUAGAUAGAGAAGAAGCUGAGUGAGGCAAGCUGGCCGCGGCAAGGGUUGUGUUGACGGAUUUACGUCUUUCCUUUGGAUCACUCUCCUUUAAUUUUGAUGAUACUGAAACCUGAUGGGUGACCAAAAUGGUGAGGCCAGUUCAUUCCAAGCGCAAACUGUUCAUUGCCAGCAAGGAACAGAAGGAAAAUGAUCCAGCUGAAAGUGAAUUGAGGAACAAGAUUCCCUCAGAGCACCAAGGCUUAACAGACAGUAGCAACAGUUUAAACAUUGGCUGUCAGAGGAAGAGUGGCUUCAGUGGGAACAGUGGCGUGGGGACUCACAGUAAAACAAUGGUGGGGUGGGCAGAAGAUGUGACCACAGCCCACCAUACCCCCAGCCGGCCAGUCAUGCCCAUGUCGGAGAGGCAGCAGAUUGCCCUCCUCAUGCAGUUGUCGUCCCCAUCUCCUCCAGACAAGGCAGACAUAAACCGCUCAAGCAGCCCUCGUACGCCCAGCACUCCAAGCUUUGGCCGAGGCGUGAACAAGCGCAAUGAAAGGGGAGAGACGCCCCUUCAUGUUGCUGCAAUAAAGGGGGACAGUGACCGUAUCUCCCAACUCAUCUCUCAAGGGGCAGAUGUCAAUGCUCCAGACUAUGCUGGUUGGAGCCCACUGCAUGAAGCAUGUAACCGUGGGUUUUAUGAAGUGUCAAAGGUGCUAAUUGAAGCUGGAGCAGACGUCAAUGCCAAAGGUCUGGACAACGACACUCCUCUACAUGAUGCUUGCAUCAACAAUCAUUUUAAGUUGGUACGGCUACUGCUGAGAUGUGGUGCAGGUGUUGAUGUCGUUAACCGUAGAGGUAAGACGCCUAGAGACGUGUGUCGAUCACCAGGCAUUAUAGCACUGAUAGAAGCAGCAGCACAAGGUUUUAUACAAGAACUGGGCUCAUCUUCUGGAGACGAGCUUCAACAACCUUAUUUAGGUGGUAGCUGCACAAGUAUGUCUAGGCGGACUCCUCCUGCCAACAAAUCAUCAGAGGAUAAACCUGGGGGAGGACCUGGGUCACCACGUGUUACCCUACGCUUGCCCAACACAGUUUCUCGCACUCCUGAAAAACCAAGGAUCCACGACAGCAAAAACAUAAUGGAAAACAAUGAGGAUGUGUAUGAAUUUAAGUGCAGUAAGGAUGAAGGAAGAGGUGAAGAAGAGGAGGACAAAGCAGCUGCAGGUGGACCACCAAGGCCUGAGUCUGGGCCAACUGAAGACAAAGGAGAUAAGAGAGGGAGAGAAGGUGAACCUGAGGAAGAUGAAGAAGCCAGGAAAAAGAAAAGAAAGGAGGAAGCCAAAGAUGUGGCUGUCAAAGGUGUAGGAAGAGGUGGUGGCCGUCCUGCUGGGAAUUCAGACAAAAAUGUAAAGUCUGGAGGUCGUGGUGGCACUGCAGGGAAUAGUACAGGAGCUGGAGGACCAAAACAGUCAACAACAACCAAUGCACCACCCAGUGGGGAGCAGCGGAAAAGCCCAAUGGGGUCGGCAGCCAACAGUCCCAAGCCACCAAGCACUAAAAAUGGUGGUGAUAGCAGUGAUACUGAAGAUGAUGUCAAAAGUGAAUCCAGUUCUGGUGCUGGACCAAAGGUGCCCCCACUCAAGAUUGUCCUUGGAGGUGGUACUGAACAGGAACCAAAUACUCGUAAUGGGAAGAAUUCCAGUAAUCGACAGCUGCCGUAUGUUGUGAACACAAGUUCUGGAGAAGAAAAGGAGGUGCCAGUGGAUGGCAAGGAGCCAGGAGUGACUGUCAAGGUGAAUUGUGAUACUGAAGAACAAGGAGGUGCUGGCAGUAGCUCUGGUAGUGAGAAGGGCAGUGGCACAAGAAUAACUAGAUCCCAACGGGGCAGUGGUGGGGGAGGAAAUUCUAGUUCUGCAGAGGAGUCCACUACAGCUUCUACCUCUGUGGUUAAACAAGAGGUAACAGUGAAAGUAGAGGAAUCUGCCCGACCCUCCACGACCAUGGAUGAUGCUGUCCACCCACGCAAGAGGAAAUUGAAGAUGAAGGAACCAGAAUGCGAACCACCAGCUGUUUCCCUGGUGGAUCAGCCUAUGACCAAUUGCUAUGAAACUUUUCUUAAUAUCAGGAAGCAGAUUGAGCGGAGAAGAGAGAACCUUAGACCUGUUCAACCUAAGCCACCACAAGGAUUUAAAGAAUACCUGAUGAACCGGUGCUCAUAUGUAUUGGCAGGUAAUGCCACCUCUAGACUCUCUGUUCCCAUUAUGUCUCCUCCUGCCUCCCUCAGUCAGCUCCUCAAGGAACUCUUUACUGAUCAAGAAAAAGAGCGCUACAGACUACGACUGCAGCACUUGAUAGAAAAAGAGAAGUUGGUGUUGAGUGUUGAACAAGAGAUUUUGCGUGUGCAUGGGCGUGCAGCACGUGCAUUGGCCAACCAAGCUUUGCCAUUCUCUGUCUGCACCUUCUUAAAGGAUGAAGAGGUUUAUAAUAUCAUUUCACCUGAACAAGAAAAAGAUGGCAAUGCAAGGUCUCGAUACAAUGGACGACUAUUCCUUUCUUGGCUACAAGAUGUUGAUGACAAAUGGGAUAAGAUUAAGGAAUUCAUGGUUCUGAGACACCACAAUGAGGCCGAGUCACUACAUGCAGUCCAACGGAUGGACUGGGAGUGGAAGUUGAAGGAGCUUGGUGACUGUGAUGCAAACUCCAGGCCACAUAUUGAUGAUUUGCAUGUACCUAUGGUUCAUGUAUCUGAUGACUUUGACCUCCUUCCAGAAUGAGUACCUAAGUUUUUACUGUAUGGAAUUGAAAGGAUUUUACUUCAGUGAUUAGAAUUUCAGACAUAUUUUGUAGGCAUUGAUGAAUUUGCCUAGAAUAUAAUUGUCUUUGUACUCAGUGUGUACAGGGCAUGUACAGGAAUGGACCUUCAGACAAAAGAAGGAAUAGAGUUGAGAGAAACUCUGGCUGUGAUAUUUGUUUGCUGGUACUCCACUGUAGCCCUAAAAUAUAUUACACAGACCCAGAUUCUAGUUCAAAUUUUGCAUAAGGUGCCCAUUAAAUCCCAUAUUUUAAAUGCUUUAUAUAUGAAUAACAACUUAUGACCCGAUAGUUGCAUUAGUUGUUGCUCCUCCCAGUACCAUAGGAUUAGGAAUUUUGUGUCAAAAUGUUAGGGUGAGGUCUGUAUUUCUGUGAUAUACAUUUGACUUUCAUAGUGUUUAGGGCAUACAACAUAAUCAUCAAUGAAUCAUUAUCUGGAUCAACUGUUUUUGUGUCCAGGAACUGCAUCCUUCUGGAACUUCAACAUAAUGAUGAAGUGUUUCCAGAGAUAUAGCUAUUCUAUAUGUUGGACUUCCUUGUGAAUGCAUGUGUGCUGGCUGUUUUGUAUCAACUAAAUUAUAUUCCAGUCACAUGAAUGUUCAUUGACACCACAUUUUGCUUGAUGUCCUCAUGAUUAAUGUUUCACUACACUUCUUUAGUAUGUAUGAUUUAAACUUUCUAAUUCUUUAAAGUGUUGCAUAACAUUCAGGAUUUUGAUGUGAAACUGUCUCAAUCCUUUAAAUUGUUGCAUAUUCUUCAGGAAUUUGAUGUAAAAACUUGUCAUAAGAAUGGCAUUGUCCAGUUUCUGCAUCAUUGUGUGAAGUGAGAAGAAAUAUGAAUGUCUGGAUAAAUUUAGUGUGGUAAUUAUCAUCAGUCCAUUAAAUAAACUUGUCACAUAAUACUAAGUAUACUGUAAGAUUACUACUUGCUCAAUCUAAUGUAAUUUUAAUAAAACUAAAAAAAAAAAAAAAAAAAAAAAAAAAAACAGGGACUUGGUUCUACAAGCCAACUUGAACAUGUAAUGAGAAUAUUAAUAUGAUGUAUGUAGCAAGUGUUGGAUGUCUUGGACAGUAAAGUGAUAAAUUCAGUCUAAGUCACAAUAAAAUACAAUUUCAUUA